AUGGUACUUGAUGUUAGCUUGGAUUCAUUAAAGGCAGCGGCUAAAGUCGUGGUGUGGACUAAAAAGACAAAGGAUAUCGAUAAUCAAUUAUGGAUGUAUGAUCACGGCUAUAUCAUCAAUAAGAAUUCAGGCAUGGUUUUAGAUGUGCAAGGUGGUAUUUUGGAAAGCGAUAAACAAAUCAUUCAGUAUAAACGCAAGAUGAUUGAGGAUGCACAGAAUCAGAGAUGGUAUUACCGCGAAGAUGGUGUUAUAUACCCACAAACAAACCCAAACCUUGUCCUCGAUAUCAGAGGCAAUUGGACUAAACCAGGUACAGUCGUGUUACUUUAUGAGAGAAAAUACGAGGACAAUGAGAAUCAGUUGUGGGAUUUAGUGCCUUGCGAUACAGCUGAUGCCUCAAGUCUUCUCAGUCCAUCCAAAUCCUCUGACGAAGGAGAUGAAGAUGAGGAUUAUGCAUUUAGUUCUGCAAGUUAUGCUUUGUAA